AUGAUCGUUGAAAGAGAACAGUUGUUUACUGCUGAAGACCUUACUAAAGAAGAACUGUUCCCUAACUUCAUCAUUGUAAGAAGACCUAUCAACAAUGAGACUAAAGAUGCUGGAGAAUGGCAAGGCUUUAUCAAAGACUUGAAGUACACAAUCAGAACCAGUGUAGCUAAGUCAAAGAGUGAAAUAAUUUAAAAUUUCCAUUCAGCAACAGAGAAAAUUAAUGGAACUAUUCAACUAAAUCAAAAGUAGAAUUGUGCAAAUGAAAGUAUUGAUGAAAAACUUUCUAAUUUAAAAUAGUAAAUUGAUGUUCAAAUUAAAGGUCUUGACUCUAGAAUGAGUGAAGACAUGAAUUUCAUAAAACAUACUCUUGCCUAAUUGCUUCAAAAGCAAAGUCAAUGA